AAAUUCUUAAAUCUGAAAUAUUGUACACUUCUACAGAACUCAACAAAAUAAUGAUCCUCAAUGCAGGAAAAGUACAUCAAUAAAGCUCCAGUAUUCAAUCCACGACAGUCUAGGUUAAGAAACAUGAAGUCCGUACUGGUAAUAACCUCAAAUCAUCUGAUUGUAUGUAUACGUAUUGUGUGGUGACAAUUUAAAACGAAACAAUAUUUUUU